AUGUUUAAGUCGAUGAUAGGGUCAAUAGGCCGGUCGAUAGCGAUGAAACCAAGCCACGCCAUGACGCCGUAUUUCAAAUCCGCCCACCAGAUAACGCCACUCACAUCACCGGCAUUCUCAACGCAACUUCGAUACUCGAGCUUGAACCAAAUCCAGAAAUACAAACACUACGACCCUGUCAAGAUCCGUCCUAGCAAAUCGCCGGAUCUCGAAGGCAACCCAUUCAAAAAAGGGGUGAUUCUACGCAUCAUGAUUUUGAAACCAAAGAAACCCAAUUCCGCAUUGAGAAAAUGUGCUCGAGUCAGAUUGACUAAUGGUAACGUGAUAAGUGCUUUGAUACCUGGUGAGGGCCACAAUUUACAAGAGCAUCAUGUGGUGUUGGUGCGAGGCGGUCGUGUUCAGGAUGUUCCUGGUGUCAAGUACCAUUUGGUCCGGGGAGCUUACGACUUGGUGGGUGUUGCUAACCGGAUGAAAUCGAGGAGUAAAUACGGAGUCAAGAAGCCCAAGAACUAG